CUCAUCCCUUGCUCGAUUGAGAUCUGAGCAGUAACAAUGGCUUUCGGCACUAUCUACACCUUCCCCGGCGACCAGCCUCGGACCAUCGCUAUCAAAGCGGUCGCUAAGGCCAACAACCUCGAUCUCAAGAUCGUUGAAGAGCCCAAGACCCCUGCCCACUUUGCGGUGAGCAAACUGGGCAAGGUUCCUGCGUUUGUCGGCGAGGAUGGCUUCAUGCUCUUCGAGUGCAUGGCCAUCGCCAUUUACAUCACCUCCCAGAAUGAGGAGACUACGCUCCUCGGAAAGACGAAGCAGGACUAUGCCAACAUUCUGAAAUGGAUGUCCUUCUUCAACUCUGAAAUCAUCAUCCCCCUUGUCGAGAAGUAUCUUCCCUUGGUCGGCAUCCGUCCCUACAACAAAGAGACGGUGGAUAUGUUCGCCAACAUGGCCCAGGCAGCUGUUGACGUGGUGGAAGAGCACCUGGACGGCAAAACCUUCCUGGUCGGUGGGGAGAUCUCUCUGGCCGACAUUUUCUGCGCCGGGAUUAUCUCCCUCGGCUUCAUGUUCUUCUAUGGCAAGGAAUGGCGCCAAGCCAACCCCAACGUCUCUCGUUGGUUUGAGCACAUUAUCAACCAGCCCAUCUACUCUGCUGUCACCGAGAAGAUCGAAUUCCUCGACGAACCAAAAUUGACCAAUGUGCCCCCCAAGCAAGGUGAGGCCGAGCCUGCUCCUGAGACCCUCAACUAAACCGUCGGAGCGUUAAUCCCCACAACUGGCUCUCGAGAUAUAUCAAGUAGCGAUGAAGUCUUUGUUGAGUGGUACUCUCUAUAGGGGUUAGAUGAGGAGAAACGAAACGAAACGAUCCUGAUCGUACACCAAAAGGCCUACCAUCUUCCGAAACCACUCUCGGAACGGGCUUGUUCGCUGCGUGUCAAUAUCGAGAGUACUCACUCUAACUUUCAAACAUACCUCAUCGCAUGCACCGAAGCGACUCAAUCUCUUCAGCUGGUCAAUUAUAGAGUCGCCAUUGCGGUCGGGGUGAUACCGGGGACUGUUCAGAUCCAGUUGAGCUGAAAAGGACUAUGAUUGUAAUGUUAAUGACAAACUUUGUGAUCGUGUUUAUUCUGUGGUGUAUAACUCAAUGAACAUCUAUAUUCCCAGCCUA